UCUAUGGGAAAGGGUCCGGGGAACUGCGAUGGUUUUGUUUUGUACGGGAAGCUCUGGCUUUUCCAGGGCUUUUCCCAGUGUCUGGCUACUUUUAGUCAGAGCUCUAUGGAAAGGGAAGUGAAAGAGUUGUAUGUGUACAGUAGUUGUGUACUGUAGCUAAGCAGGAGCCUGGUGUUUUUGUUGUCAGGAAGAGGUUUCCAAGUGAGAUUUUAACUGAUCCAUUUGUUUGUGGAUAUAGUUUUUCUUUGGUUUGUUGUGAGCAGGUUGGGCUUGGAGUUGAUUGUUGGUCCUUUGAUUGUUGAAUGUCUGUUGAAAUUAUUAUAUUUUUUGUGGAAAUUAUUUUUAUUUGUUUCAACCAAAAUAUAUUUCUUAAUUUGUGCUAACUAAAAAAGCAAUUUAACAUGUUUUUAUUGUCUGGUAAACACACAGUAUUACUUUCUGCUACUAUCAACAUGUUUGAUAUUUUUCCUCAAAGUUAUUCUGGUUAAAACAUCCCAGAACCAUGUCAAAAAAAAUAUCAAUAUGGUCAUUUUUACUAAGAAUAAGUCAAUGUCUUAAAUCUAAAUGGCUGUGAAAUUACUUGAAAGCCCAAUGUCCUCUUUCCCAGGCUUGUGUUCAUUUUUUCUGUUGGUGGUGACUAAUUUAGAACUUGCAGAUUUGAGCUGCCUGAAUUGGCUAGACAGCUGUAAUCGCACUCCUUCUAGUCUUAAUCUCUUUAUCUGGGCAGCAGCUGCCAUAUGGCCCCAGUCAGCUGGAUCAGAUGUUUGUAAGCCUCCUUGUCUGUCCCUCUCUGUCCUCGCAGACCCCUAAUUUGAUCGCUGCUACCUUGUUAUGAAGACAGCAUGGAGUUCCCAGACCACAGCAGACAUUUGCUACAGUGUCUGAGUGAGCAGAGGCAUCAGGGUUUCCUUUGUGAUUCCACUGUGCUGGUCGGCGAUGCCCAGUUCCGAGCCCAUCGAGCAGUGCUGGCUUCAUGCAGCAUGUACUUCCAUCUCUUUUACAAGGACCAGCUGGACAAAAGGGACAUUGUUCAUCUGAACAGCGACAUUGUUACAGCCCCGGCGUUCGCUCUCCUGCUAGAGUUCAUGUACGAGGGGAAGCUCCAGUUCAAAGCCCUGCCCGUGGAGGACGUGCUGGCUGCAGCCAGUUUCCUACAUAUGUACGACAUAGUCAAGGUCUGCAAGAAGAAGCUGAAGUACAAAGCCACUGCGGAGGCAGACAGCACCAAGAAGGAGGAAGACGCCUCCAGCUGCUCUGACAAAGUAGAGAGCUUCUCUGAGGGCAGCACGGGCCACCCGGCAACGGCCGACCUACUGCCCAGUGACGAUGAGGACCUGGAGGCCAAGCAGGACCCCAGCAACCUGUGGAUGAGGCUACCCUCUGACCGCCCGGGCACCCCGGCCAACGCCACCAGCCCAAGGGAGGCUGACGCCCAUGUCAGUCCCCCCAAACUGCAGUCCCCUGCCGGCAGCCCUAGCAGCUCUACUGGCUCCCUGUCCCGGAGGUCCCUGGGCUCCCGUGGCUCCCGAAGCUCCCGUAGCUCUCGCAGAGUGUCAGCGGAUGCAGACUGUGUCCUGGACUUGUCUGUGAAGUCCAGCCUGACGGGGCCCAGCGAGUCCUUGUCCAACAACCCCUAUUUCUGUGGCCGGGUGACGCCCGACAGCCUGCAGAGCACCCUCGUCCAGGUGAAGCAGGAGAAGAACACAGGCUCAGAUGAUGAGGGCCUGGUGAGUGGCGACUAUGAGAUGGACCACAGCGGGCCCAAAGCAACCCCUCCCAGAACCAAUGGAGGACUGAACCACCACGGGCUCGGCAGCCAUGCUCACAGACGCCUGGGCCUGGAGGCCCACCUCUCGGCCCUACGUGAUGCCUCCCUGGCCAGCGAGCUGGAGCGUGAUGACAAGGUCAGCGACGAUGACAUGCUGGGGGGAGAGAGUGAGCGGGCCCAGGUCGAGGCGGCCAGCAUCGACAGCGCCCUGCUGCCCUACGUGUCCAACAUGCUGAACGCUCCUCACACUCAGAUCUUCAUGUGCCCCCUGUGCAACAAGGUGUUUCCCAGUCCGCACAUCCUCCAGAUUCACCUCAGCACACAUUUUCGCGAGCAGGAGGGUGUGCGCGCCAAGCCCGCCAGCGAUGUCAAUGUGCCCACCUGCUCCAUCUGCGGCAAGACGUUCUCCUGCAUGUACACCCUGAAGCGCCACGAGCGGACUCACUCCGGGGAGAAGCCGUACACGUGCACCACGUGCGGUAAGAGCUUCCAGUACUCCCACAACCUGAGCCGGCACGCUGUGGUGCACACCCGAGAGAAGCCGCACGCCUGCAAGUGGUGCGAGCGGCGCUUCACCCAGUCUGGGGACCUGUACCGCCACAUCCGCAAGUUCCACUGCGAACUGGUCAACUCGCUCUCUGUCAAGAGUGAAGGCCUCAACCUGCCCAACCUCCACAGGGACUGGGCCAUAGAGGAUAGUUCUCAAGAACUGUGGAAGUGAAGCCUGCUGAAAUGAUCAGGACUUUGUUUUUAAGCUAAAUGAGAGAGGUGUCAGUGAAGGUUGGGCAGAGAGGUAAGGGAGUUGGAGCAGGGUAUGGGUGGGAGAGGGGUCUGAAUCAGUCAUGUUUCUUGUACGUAACAUUGCAAAAUCUUGUUAAAUGGCACUUUAAUAGCACAUGAACAUGUUACUACUGUUUUCUGUUCCAGUCUUUUGUUUUAUUCUAUUUUAUUUGUUCUGAUUUCGUUAAAAAAAAAUGUAUGUAAACAUGGCCGCUGGUAUCAGUAGCCAGCGUUGAGUUAUUUUUAGAUUUCUUGUGUAUAUACACAAAUGUCUAUACACUCCUUAAAUCUAAGGCACACCUUCAAUGACAACCAUAUGAAGUGUUCAGGUAAUACACACUGAAGUUAGACUAUUAGAAUACACUAAACGGGUACUGUGAUCAUGAAUAUAUACCAGUACACAUACAUGUGUGUAUGAAUACAUGUGUGUAUAGUGCACUACUCUAAUUUCAUUAUCAAAUUGAAUCUGUGUGAAUGUGUGUGCGUUUAAAUUGUUUUACUCUGCAAAGAGGUCUGAUUUAAAUAGCUACAAGCUUCUGUUCCUUAAGCUCUUGUACAUUUUGACUUGUGAUAGGAAACUUGACUGAUGAAAGACAAAUGGCACUCAUGCAAUGUACAGCUUCAUUUUUCACAUUAAUUGAAGUAUUUUCUAAAACCCUUUAUAAAUGAUUAUUUUAGAAUUUCUUAAAUCUCUAUCUGCAGCUUUUAAACAUCCUUUGUUGAACUGAAUUUAAUUUAAGUUGGCUGUAUUCUAUAGGUUCCUGUAGUGAUUAAAUGGAUUUAUUUUUGGAAAAUGGGAUCUGUUAUUGCAUGAAGUCCAACCUGUAUAUUUGAAAUGUGAAUCGCUGUAUUACUGUACACUGUAAUUGAACAAAUAUAGAACAGACUAUGUGAAUACUCCAAGGGUGCAGUCUGUUAAAAAAGUGAAUUUUACAGCUAUGGAAAAUGCAUGAAUAUGAUUUAUUGACCUUUUGUUGUACUUUCUUUUUUUUGCAUUUGAGGAGUGUAUUUUAAAUUAACUAAUUAUAUUCUUAAGUAGUUUAUUUCUUUUCUCUGCUCCUUUUGAGAGUCCGGUAGGACUCCUUUAAAAUGUUCUGCUGGGCUGUGAAGAUUUUUUUGUCAAUGCACUGGUCUUGGGUUUGAGAUUGUGUAACGGUAUGUGAGGUGAAGCUUGUCGUCAGACAGACAGAGGUGGGCAGUGUGGGCAGAAUGCCAGCAGUGACCUAACUAACAAACUAAUCUACAGAAGAUCUCCACUAGUGUGUUUGCCUCCCGUCCACACAGCACUUCAUCACCGUCUACUUUGCUGCAUGGUGGUCAGGGAGUUAAGGUUCCCAACUGCUGUAUCUAUCCAGUUAACGUUCUUCUUUGGUAUUUUCUGCUCUCUCAUUGACAUCAAGUAAGCAUUGUGGGUAAUUGAUUUAUUUCUAUUUUCAUUUGGCACUUGUUUCUAACUGUGCGGCCAAUGAAAAUGUGUCACACUUUUCUAUCAGAGAGAGAGAGAGACUCACCUGUUCAUAUCUGAGUACUCUUGAAGGUUUAUUCUGUUUCAAAACAAAGCUGAAGAAUCGGAGAGCAGCACUAUGCUUAACAUCACGCUCCUAAUUUGUAUGUCUGUGUAUCUGUUUGGAUGCUCCUAUGUACGUACUGUAUGUAUGCACGCGUGCGGGUUUUGUACUGAAAGCGCAAUCCUUACUUUUUAAGGAGGAGAAUUGGCAUGCUUGACUGCACCUUUUAAAGCUUAUUUAACUGAGAUUUAUGCUGAAAAGAUGCCUUUAUGAAAAUUAUAGUUAUAAAUUAUAGAUUCAAGAAAUCAUGGAUACUAUUAAAUUCAAGAGGAGAUGAAAUUAUUGAAUUAACCUUAAAUUAUAAUUUAUAAUUUUUUAAAUUAAAUUUGAACUGUUCUUUAUUUUAAUAUUUUAUUUUGAACUUAUUUUGUAUUUCUUUUUAAUGAAUGUGAACAUUCUGGGAAAAAAUCUGCACUCAAAAUAUUUUUGUGCAGAAAUACCAUGGAAUCAAGUAAAUGCCCAUUCUUGAGAACUGUCAAACAAAAGCAAAACUUUAACUAUACACAAACUCAGAUGAUAGUAAGUAGAGCUAUGAAUGUCUGCACUUGUGGGGAGAUACUGGCAUGCCCACACUGGCCCGGGGGUUUGGUUUGCUCUUCAGUGGAUGUGGUGGUGGCAGCAUCAGCUGGUGACAUGGGUGCUCCUUGCCAACUGUGCACAGUGUCAUGGCAUUUUGCACAGUGGUAAUUGAUCUGUUUGCAACCACAAAUAUCAUGGAAAAUAUCACAUGUGGGUUAACUCUCUAUUUGAAGACUUAUUUACAAUUAUUGAUGGCUUUUCUUAUUGUACUUGACCGCCUUAAAACUACUGUAAACAGCUUCUUUUUUCCCGCGUUGUCACUGGAACACUGUAAGUUUGUAACUGGACUGUUUAUUGACAUUUUUAAAAUAGAAGAAAGUAAGCUGUGAAAUGACCUGAUAAGCAUCUCCAUUUAUCAUCAAUCCAACUUUGGUUACUUGAAAACAGGAAAGGUCCAGUGGGGGGAAAAAACAAAAUGUAGAAGACAAUAUAGGAAGAGAUAGGAGGGGGGAAAUACAUCUGUUGAAAAGGACAAUCACUGUCUGAAAAAGAAGCAGAUUCUGAUUAAAAUAUACUUGCUUCCCUGCGAGAUUUUGUUUCUUUGACAUUGUUCUUUUUCUGGAUUUAGACAUUUUAGCUUUGACAAUCAUAGUAUGUUUUAUGUUCUCAAGGGGAGUAAAUUCUAAGGCUGUUUAGUUUUGUACUUUUUUGGUGUGCUGUUGUUGAAAUUUUCAAAUUGUGUGCAAACUGCAAUAAAUUAUAAGAACCUUAACUCAA